AUGUCGAACGUCGAGCAGCGGCCAUUUGUGCCAGCCAAGAAGGUCGAUUCUGAUUAUCCGCUCAUUGACAGUGACCCACAUUUCAAACGAGUUAUCGCAUACGCGCGGAAGUCCGACUAUGCUGCUGGAGCGGCGACAGCUUCCGCGGCUCCAGGAUUGAUGUUACUUUGGGAGAGAAUUGCACCAUCCUUGGUCGGAAAGGGAGGAUUCGCACCUAUCAUGCGUCUGACAGGAGCAAUUGGUUUGAGUGCCGGAUUUUUGAUGUUCUACCAACGAUCGAUACUGCGGUUCUACGGAUUCACAGAGAACUCGAGAGAGGUAGCAAUGGACAUGAAGGAGAUGGUCGCCAAAGUAAAGAAGGGGGAGCCUCUAUACGGCGUCAGUUCCACAACACCAUACAUCCAGGGUAUGGCGAGCAGAAACUCGAGAUAUUCGGGUGUGUGGCUCCAUGUGCUUCCUUGGUUCAACUUUGUAAACCACAAUCAGCAUGGUGUAGAUACGGCGAAAUACUACCAACAAGCCGAGAGGGAAUUGGCAGCCGAGGGCAAGUGA